AACAGACACAAAGAAAGAAAGAAAGAAAAAAAAACUAUCUUAAACUACCUUAGCACCUGACCCAGUAACCCCCACAUUAUCUACACCAUGGAUACCGUCAAAACACCAUGCCCAAUUUCUUCACCACUGAAACAGAGCAAUCCCUUUUUAGCUCCCUCAUGGAUUUCCAGCAAAUUGCGCAUUACGGAUUCCGUUUCUCCUUCCUUGGUUUCGUGGAAUUCGAGUCGGGAGCGAGGGGAAGUGGCGGUCUCGGUUGCGUUCGAUCCUUCCGGGAAUUACGAGCUUUCUCUGUUUGAUGAUGAAGAGAAUGCUCAAAAAGCUCCAGCGCCUUUGCCCCCAACCGAUGGGCGAUUUGAGAUAGUCCUUGACAAUGACAUUAUCCUUCGCCUUGACUUGACCCCUUUCCACUCUGCAACCGGAAUCGUAUCCCCUCUUUCCGCUGAUCCGAAGGAGUUCCUUGAACGAACGAUCGGGUUUACAAUUAACUACACGAAAGAAGAUCCGAAUGAUCCCAGGGAACUUUCGGAAUUGGGGGAGGUUAGGCUUUGGUUUGUUAGACUUGAUGCUGCUUGCCCUUGGCUGCCGGUGUUGCUGGACUGGAGGGCUGGAGAACUUGCGCGUUAUGCCGCAAUGUUGGUCCCUCACCAGAUGAGUUUGAAAAUGGGCGUAGUAUUCAAUCCUGAAGCACUGGAAUUGUUUGUGAUGAACAAAGUGUUCAUUGUCUACACUUGGUUGAAGCAACAUAAUAUUCCAAAGCCUAGAAUCAAGGCAAGGGACAUGGCAAGGAUGCUUGGAUUUGGAAUUGGAGAUGAGCUAUUCGACUUGAUUGAUGAACACCCAUUUCCUCCAUCAUAGAGAAGAAUCCGAACGACCUUUAAUCGAGUAAUGAAGAUCUAACCGUGAGUAGAUAUCGGGGAUAGUGGUUAUGGUCGAAACAAGCGUUAGAUUUGCGAUGAAUGUAUGAGCUUCACAAUCAUUUUUUCUCUUUCUUUUUUUCUGAAAGAAGGUUUGGAGUUCUUUGACGUCAAGAUUAUGGAAGAAAGAGAGGUUCUUUAUCG